AUAAUUUGGUUUUAUUUUCAAUUAAAUAUUUUCUGAAAUGAUUAAGAACAUUUGGAACAAUACCUAUAUAUGCAUAUGCCAGUGCCUCGAUUCUUGCACCUAUUGAGAAAACCAGUCAUCGUAUCCUGAAUAUCAGUUACCUACUUCUCUUAGGUUGUGAAACCUGUAAUGAUGUGCUAACGAUAUCCUUAAAAGAUUAUUAAAUUUUGAAGUAGUAGAUUGGGAGCUUCUGUCGUAUUCCAUUGAUUUAAACUGAUAGCUUAUCUACUACCUUCUUUCGUUGAACUCUGCUAGGUUUUAAGCAAGGCUUAAGAUUUCGUUUUCGACUAAGAUUUGAACCUUGUUUGAAACUGAAAUAUACCACCGAAAUAUGGUUUCUUUCGGUGAGGAAAAAAAAAAAAAAAAAAAAAAAGAAAAAGAAAAAGAAACAUUGAAGACCCCUCAACUCAAAUGCCAUUUUGUUGCAAUAGUAUCGAAUCUGAAAUAUGCCGUCAAAAUUUUGACAUUUAGGUUGAAAUUUUGAACUAUGGUGUUAAGUGCUUUCUGAUUGAAAUGCAUAUAGUGCUGAAGUGCAGAUGGAAGGGCAAAACAUGGUACUCAGCCCAUGAAGCUUUGUUCAAGAUCCAUAUUGGAGGGUGUUGGCCAGUCUAAGAUGUGUAUGGUACAAAUCAUCAAUUAGGAAAGGUCGGUGACGGUAUUCGUCUUUGGGCAAAUAUUGAUCCUGACCUUCUAUUGGCUGUUUUUCUUCCUGCUCUUCUUUUUGAGAGCUCAUUUUCGAUGGAAGUGCACCAGAUAAAGAGAUGCAUGGCACAGAUGGUUCUACUUGCUGGUCCAGGUGUUCUACUUUCAACCUUCUGUCUUGGAUCUGCUUUGAAGCUCACAUUUCCUUAUAAUUGGAGCUGGAAAACAUCAUUGUUGCUGGGAGGGCUUCUUAGUGCGACUGACCCUGUUGCUGUUGUGGCUUUGCUGAAAGAGCUUGGUGCAAGUAAAAAAUUGAAUACAAUAAUUGAAGGAGAGUCAUUGAUGAAUGAUGGGACAGCUAUUGUGGUAUAUCAGCUAUUUUAUCAAAUGGUGCUAGGCCGGAGCUUCAAUGUGGGAGACAUAAUCAAAUUUUUAGCAAAAGUUGCACUUGGGGCUGUUGGUAUCGGUCUUGCCUUUGGAAUAGCAUCUGUUUUUUGGCUGGGGUUUAUUUUCAAUGACACAGUGAUAGAGAUUGCGUUGACACUUGCUGUGAGCUACAUUGCCUAUUUCACUGCUCAAGAUGAGGCUGCUAUUUCAGGUGUCUUGACAGUCAUGACUCUUGGGAUGUCUUAUUCUGCAGUUGCAAGGACCGCUUUUAAAGGUGAAGGCCAGCAGAGCUUGCAUCAUUUUUGGGAAAUGGUUAGUUACAUUGCUAAUACUCUAAUUUUCAUCUUAAGUGGGGUCGUAAUAGCGCAAAGUGUUUUGAACGGUGACAAUCAUUUUGAGAGCGAUGGAAAAUCAUGGGGCUACCUCAUUCUCCUCUAUGUUUUUGUUCAAGUCUCACGGGCCAUAGUUGUAGGAGUAUUGUAUCCCUUCCUUCGUUAUUUUGGAUAUGGUUUGAAUUGGAAGGAAGCAAUCAUUCUUAUAUGGUCUGGUCUGCGAGGGGCUGUGGCAUUAGCAUUAUCACUGUCAGUUAAGCGUUCCAGUGACAACUUAACUUUUCUCGAUCAGAGCACCGGAGUUAUGUUUGUUUUCUUCACUGGUGGCAUUGUUUUCCUAACUCUUAUUGUAAAUGGGUCAACAGCACAAUUUAUUUUGCAUCUUCUGGAUUUGGGAAAGCUAUCAGCAGAAAAGAGACGCAUAUUGGACUAUACAAAGUAUGAGAUGAUGGACAAAGCAAUAGAGGCCUUUGGCGAUCUUGGGGAUGAUGAAGAACUAGGACCUGCAGACUGGCCUACAGUGAAAAGAUAUAUUGCUUGCUUAAGGGACCUAGAAGGUGAACAAGUACAGCCUCAGAUUGCAUCUGAAAGUGUUCACAAUUUGGAGCAUUUGAAUUUAAAAGAUAUACGAGUACGCAUUUUAAAUGGUGUUCAAGCUGCGUACUGGGGGAUGCUUGAUGAGGGAAGAAUAACCCAAGCUACAGCAAAUCUUCUGAUGCAAUCAGUGGAUGAAGGAACUGAUUUAGUCCAUGAACCUUUAUGUGAUUGGAAGGGCCUUAAAGCUCAUGUUCAUUUCCCAAAUUAUCAUAGGUUCCUCCACAUGAGCAUUUUUCCUCGAAAGUUGGCAACAUAUUUCACAGUAGAACGGUUAGAGUCUGCAUGUUACAUUUGUGCUGCAUUUCUUCGUGCCCACAGAAUUGCAAGAACGCAACUCCAUGAGUUUAUCGGUGAAAAUGAAGUUACGUCUAUAGUCAUUAAUGAAAGUGAGGCUGAAGGAGAGGAAGCAAGACAAUUUUUAGAAGAAAUUCGUGUUACAUUCCCUCAGGUUUUGAGUGUUGUGAAAACAAGGCAAGUGACACAUUCGAUUCUUCAACAUCUGAGUGAAUACAUCCAAAAUCUUGAGAAAGUUGGAUUGUUAGAAGAGAAGGAGAUGCUUCAUCUUCAUGAUGCUGUUCAGACUGACUUGAAGAAACUUUUAAGAAAUCCUCCCUUGGUGAAGAUGCCGAAAGUUAACGAUUUGUUAGGAAUCCAUCCGUUUCUUGGAGCUCUUCCUCCCGUAGCCCGUGAUCCUCUAGUGGGUCAUACUAAAGAAAUAAUGAAAUUCCGUGGUGUUGCUCUGUACAAAGAGGGAUCCAAGACAAAUGGGAUAUGGCUUAUUUCAAAUGGGGUAGUUAAGUGGGAGAGUAAUAUCCUGAGAAACAAACACUCGCUUCAUCCAAGAUUUUCACAUGGAAGUACUUUGGGCCUGUAUGAGGUUCUAGUUGGGAAGCCUUACAUCUGUGACAUGAUCACAGAUUCUGUUCUGCACUGUUUUUUUAUUGAAGUGGAAAAGAUACUCUCAGUGCUCCGUUCAGACCCUGCUGUAGAAGAUUUCUUUUGGCAGGAAAGUGUGAUUGUCUUAGCCAAACUCUUACUUCCUCAGAUAUUUGAGAAAAUGCCAAUGCAAGAAUUGAGAGCACUUGUUGCAGAGAGAUCAGUGAUGAGCAUAUACAUAAGGGGUGAAACUGUAGAAGUACCAAACCAUUCAAUUGGUUUACUAUUGGAAGGGUUCAUAAAAAACCAAGAUGUUCAGGAACUGAUUACGUCUCCAGCCGCACUUUUGCCAUCGUAUGGAGAGCUAAGCUUUAUCAAUCUAGAAACAGCAGUUGGCCCAGGUGCAAAUGCAACAAAUUUCUGUCACCAAGGAUCCUGGUAUCAGGUUGAGUCAAGUGCAAGGGUAAUCCUUUUCGAUAUUGCAGCAUUUGAGGCUGAGACUGGGCUUCUGAAAAGGCCAGCUUCACUGGUCCCGCAUUCAGUCGACACCCAAAGAUACCCUAGUAGAGAGCAUGGUCAUCUAAUGAGUUGGCCCGAAAAUUUCUACAAGCCAAAACACCUACAGCACUCUGAUGGAGCUGAUCAGGAGCAACAUAAUCUGUCUGCAAGAGCAAUGCAGCUUAGCAUUUAUGGGAGCAUGCUGGGGGAGACACGAAGGCGGACUAGAAGCUUCCCAAAGACCUCUCAAAUGAAGCCAUCACAUAGCAUUUCAUAUCCAAGAGUCCCUUCGACUGGAGUACUCAGUCGCCGACUAGUUUCUGCUAGAUCAGAAGGAGCUACUACUGUCAGCAAGAGCUUGAAAGCAAAAGAGUUUAGAGUGCCAAACCCUAGUACCCAAAUUCCAAGUAGAAGAACUAGAAAAGGUCAUUCAGUUGAUGAUUCUAGUGAUGAAUCAGGUGGUGAUGAUGACAUUAUUGUGAGAAUUGAUUCCCCAAGUGGAUUGUCUUUUCAUUAGGCGUUGUAAACUAGCUGUUCUGUAAUGUUCUCUUUUUCUCCCUUGUGAAUAAAGCAAUAAUGGUUAAGUAAAAGAACUCAUUGUUUCCAAUUGAAAA